AUUCCCUCCUGGGCGCUCCAUCCACUGUCCUUGGGAGCUAGGAGAGGCCAAGGAAACCCAGGGGCAGCCAUGACGGAGCCCGAUGCUGAGGACCUGGACACCCUCAUCGACCAGCUAGACUACUUGCCGGGCCACUUCCACCUGGAGAUGCAGCUCAACUUCGAGCCGCGCUCACCAGCCCAGCUGCGCGCCCGGGACCUGAAGCUCCAGCGGGAGGGUCUGCGACAGGAGCUGGAACUGGUGGCCACCCCGCAGCUGCCUGCUGUGCGUCACCUCCUGGGAACCUUUUCCUUCUACCUAGAGAGGCUGGACGAGGCCCGUGAGCGUUUCCUGGAGGUGGCCCGCGAGGACCCCGGCAACCUCAAUGCCUGGGCCAAUCUAGCCCACGUCUACGGGCAGCUGGGCAAGGAGGAAGAGGAGGAGGCGUGCGCAGCGCGACUGGCCAGCCUCAUGGGUCUGGCAGAAAAUUCUGAAGAUUCCAGGGACCCCGAGGAUUCCUCCGGGGACCUCCGUCUCCGCGCUGCCCGCUGCCUGGCGGAGCAGGGAUACGCACACGGCUUCGACGUGGGCUGUGCCAGUCCAGAGGAGCACAGGCAGGUGCUGGAGGCGGGCAUUGCACUCUACGACAAAGCGCUGGGCUAUGGGCAACAGAUCCCAAUAGAGGAGAAAAGGAGCUGGUACUUCACCAUGGCAACGCUCUUCCUCAGGCUGGACGGCAUCCUCCUGGAGAUGGGCAGUGAGGAUCAGAAGAGGCUGCCAGCCUUCAAUCGUACUCUGGCCUUGCUCCGGGAAGUCCUCAAGUCCUCAGACUCCCGACACCAAGCUUUGGCCUGGUGCUAUGUGGGCAUCCUGCUGGAGAGGAAGGCCACCUUCUCUACCACACCCAUGGGUGUCCACGAAUACGGCUACUCAGGGACGGAGCCCCUGGACUGCUUCGGCAAGGCUAUUGAGAUCUCCAAGGACCAACCUCCCAUCCUGAACCACCUGGCCAAAAUCUUCCACUUCCUAGGGAAACAGGAUAUGGCCAUAGGGACCUGCAACAUGGCCCUGGACAUACUUAGAGACCCGCAGCUCAACUGGCAGGCGUACUGCACCAGGGCCAAGGUCCGAAUCAGAGCCUAUGUCCAUGACCUGGAACGUGCCAAGGUGGGACUCGGGGGUAUGCCUGACAGGAACUACCUGGCCUGUGCCAAAGCUGACCUUGAGGAAGUGGUCAAAGUGUGCCCAGGCCUCAGAACCUACCUAGAUAUCAGUCAGGUUUACUACUACAUGGGCGUGGAUGCCAUGCGGGAGCUGCUGGCAGUGGACGAGGCCGCCCUCAACCAGGCUCUGGUCUUCCUGGCAAAGGCUGGUGAGUUGGAGCUGGGUGACACCCUGCCUGAACUGCAACUGCUGCGCGGCAAAUGCCUCCGUGUCCAAGGUGAGGACGCCAAUGCUGCGGCCUGCUUCAAGCGUGCAGUGGAGCUGGACGACGCGGGAUCCAGCCACACCGAGGGCUUCGGCUGCCUGCUCGAGGCACUGCUGGCCCAAUGGAGCCAGGCGCAGCUAAGCGAUGGCGAAGUGGGCUGUGAGGUAGACGCCUGGCUGCACCACGCCCAGAGCAAGUACCCUGCAGCACGCCUGCGCCAAGAGCUACAGCGUGUGUGGCGUGGCCACACGGAUGAGGUCCUGGGCCUGGCCAGGGCCUUGGUAGCCCAGGGACGACCAGCAUUGGUGCGGCUGCUCUUUGAAACCAUGGAGCACGAGGGUGAAAACACUGGAGGGCCAUGCAAAAGUCCAUCCUCCUCCUCCUCCUGAGUCUGAUACCCUGAGGAGGUGCCACCCCGAAGAGGCCCCGCCCCAAAGAGGUCUGACACAGAUGAUUGAAUCUAAUCAUGGCACCUGAGACAGGCCACCUGGCAGAGUGAGCCGAACCAAAGUGAUUCUACGCUGGGGCUAUAGUUUAAGACAAACCUUGCAGAGCAAGCACAAGGCCCCGGGUUUGUCUCCCAUACCAGGGGGAGGGGGAUCAAAGCGGAUCCUCCCCAUCCCGAAAAUUGUGAAUGGGCACUUGCAGGAUAUUCGACAGAGCAAAGGAGUCUGGGAGCAGGCCUGAGAAGCCACAGGAAAACUGCUGCUU